AUGGCGCUGCUCACGAUCGAAAGCCCUGUGCCCUCGCCUCAGGCUCGCUUCUGUCUCGCCGCGGCCAACGACAACGCUCUCCGCCAGGGAUCGUCGGCACUUGUCGUGACGUCAGCGCUGUGCUACCUCGCAUCGCCGCUGGCCGCCCUGGCUGUCGUUCGCGUCCAAGCGAGCGACUUGCGCACACUCGACGACACACCAGACCACGGCACUUUCGACUCCGCCUGCUUAUUCUUCCUCCUCAACCUCGGCUCCUGGCCGCUCUCGUCGCACUGCGAGUCUUCCCCUCCUCCUCGCCGUUUCCCUCGCCCGCGACGUCCGCGCGCUAUUCCGCUCUCUGAGCCAUCGUGGCUGCUCGCCCGCGCUGCCAGCUGCCCACCCUGCCCGCAGGCACGUCCCUCACGUGAGUCGUCCUCGCCGUCACCCUCGCCGCCCACGACCACGCGCAGCCUCCCGCGUCUUAUAGACCGCAUGUGCGAGCUCGUCCGCACGCCAGGAGGCCUGUGUCCACGACGUCGGUAUGUGCUCACUUCUUGCCGUCCGCGCGCUCUCAUGCUGAUGGCUCUCGCGCCAUCGCGCGAAACGGUCGGCCGCGCAGCAGAACGCGCUCCACGCGGCGCCGCGCUAGAGCCGCGUUGCUGUCUGCAGGGCACCGGGCCCGCGGAAGACGUCGCGCCGCUGUGGACGGCAAGGCUCGCGAAGACAGUGUCGACGCGGCCGCGCGCACGGACGGCGCGCGCGAGCAAGAAGCACGCCAUUUUCUCGUCGCCCCAGGCUGCACCAGCUGCAGAUGAGGCCACAGACAACGAAGAUGAGGAUUCUAUGGACGAUAAUGCGGCCACCUCAAGCACAGAGGGACUCCAACUCACGUCGGCGCAGCAAUUGCGCCUGCUGAUGGGGUACUACCGUUUGUCCGAGAUCUGGGAGAAGCUCCGCAAGACACCAUUGAAUAUCGGGCACUCGGCCUCUUGCAGUGCAACCUGGCAUCAGCACGGCUGCACACAGAGUUGGCUCGAGUUCUGGAAAGGCAAGACGCGGUGUGAUGCCGUGCUUGAGAUCGGACCCGCAGAUGUGCCCGGUCGCCUUAAGGCGAUAGGUAAGGAGUUUGAGCGGUGGGGCUCUGCGACGUAUAUGCACCACGACUGUAGGAUGACCGCGAAGAGGAAGAUCCAAGAAAAAGCAAAGGAGAUCGAGGACGCUUUGCCGGAGUACUUUGUCGGGUGA